AUGAACAAUUAUUCAAAUAAAACUUAUCGACAAAAAAUUAAUGAUAAUGGUACUCAGAAUUCAUAUUCAACAGUAUUAUCAAAUGAAACAGUAAACAGAAAAAUAUCCUUGGAGAACUCCAACGAUUAUUAUUAUGAUCAACAAACUGAUAUACAAUUUAUUGCAAGGUCAAAUCAACAAAACCGUAUACCUGCUCCAUCAUCAAUAAAUCUUCUUCCAUUAGACUCUUCGAGUCUAACACCAUAUCGUAGAAUACGUGCACUAUUAGAAGAAAAUAAUGAUUUCAUACCAGUUGACAAUAGAACACAAUUACGAUGUGUUGCAUCACGUAUAAAGUUCUCCGUUACAGUUUCUAAAUGGUUGUAUGUAAUUUCUAAUCCAACAAGACGUGGUAAACGUGCAUUUGCUUCGACCAAAAAUUGUUCCACAUAA